CUGCGUCCCUCUCUACCGUGGAUACGCGCCGCCGGUCCUUGUCGAAACAGCCGGCCACCUCCAUUGCCGGCCUUGGGCAGCGACGCACCACGCCACGCGCUCCAACGUCACCUCCCUCCCUGCUGCAGGGUCAAACGCCACAUGCAUAUAUAGCAUCCAUCCCUUCUACGCUUCUCUCUUCAUCACGGUGAAUUGAUCUGAUCGUUGCUGCACCGGCGUCGAGACCUCGGCGACGGCGAUCAUCAGCAUGAGGCAGGCGAGGCCGUACUCGGGGAUCUUCUGCGGCGGGGUGUCGGCGCGGACAGGGCCGCACGCGCUGCCGCUGGCGCGCAUCAAGAAGAUCAUGAAGCGCUCGGCGGGGGAGGCCGCGGACGGCGGCGCGAGGAUGAUCUCCGGCGAGGCGCCCGUGGUGUUCUCCAAGGCGUGCGAGCUCUUCAUCGCCGAGAUCACGCGCCGCGCCUGGGCGGCCACGCUGGAGGGCAAGCGCCGGACCGUGCACAAGGAGGACGUCGCCACCGCCGUGCACAACACCGACCUCUUCGACUUCCUCGUCGACGUCGUCAUGGCGGACGCCGGGGGCGGCGGGCACGCGGCGCCCGGGUACGACGACGAUGAAAACGGCGCGCUGGAGUAAGCUGCGCGCGAAUGAAUCUGCAGCCUGCUCCUUAAAUUAUUGUGGUCAGGAAAGCCACCGUACCUACCGUGUUGCGUUUGAUUGAACAACUAAUGAAGAAUUCACCCGAGUACGCGAGCUACUACGCCAGUGUACCUUAAUAAUCUACCGGAUCGUCUUCAGCUACCAUUCUACCAAGGACGACGAUGAAUAGUAACUUGUAACUUUUUUCAUGCAAUCCUAUAUGCAGCAGUACGAUGUUAACCUGUAUAACGAACUGAAAUGAAUGAAACU